CCAAUUUAUUUUUCACUAUAGACAGUAUAAUAAGCCAUUACAAUUGCUUUCUUGAAUUUGAAAGGGUAAAGAAUUAGGAACGUUUUGAUGGGCGUUGGAUACCUGAGCAUCAGGGAUUCGUGAUGACCAAGCAAUUGAUGUUACUGUCGAGGCUGGAAUAAAAGAUCAAAUAUGUUUGGAUUUAGCGCCAUGAUGCUCCUCUAUCUUGGUGCCUCGAAUAAUGGACCAACCAUCCCAUUAUCUUCUACGAAGAGAAAGUAAACUUCAAGACGGAGACCGGAAGCCACGAUGGUGCUUCCCCACCCUCACUCUCAUUACUCGAUUGGCUAGGUGUUUGAGGAUAUUCCCCAGGGAAACCCUUUGAUUGAAUAGGGUAAUUUGUGAAAUUUUGUUGCUAUGAUGGAGACUUUUUUUUUUUUCAUGCGAAAUAAUGAAAACAAGAUUCGCCAAAUCUGGAAAUAACUAUUAGAGCAUGGACGCUAUAUUUUUUAUGAUUAGCUGCUCAAACCGUGCUAUGCUUUAGUGUUUUAAUGAUGACUUGUUCCCACUGUUGUCUCAUCUCUCUAAAUGGCAUCUUAAACUUAAAGACAUGAAACAUAUGACUAGGGAGGAAAAAAAUUGCCAGGCAAGGGAUAUAAAGAUUAAAAAGAAAAGGACAAUAAUUGAGAAUAUAAAACAUGGGUUUGUUGGGAAGGACAUGUGCUGUGUUAUUUAUAGUGAGUGGGGUUGUUAAAAAUAGGAGAAACAAAUGAUGUUGUAGGGGGUAGCAUAACAUGGACUCUAUGGAUAUGAAUAAUUUAUGUUAUGAUCUGAAUAAGGUGAAGGGAGUGGUUAUGCUGGACGUGACCGAUGGAAAACUAUCUGAAAUAUGGAGUAAGAAAGGCGAAGCAGACCCCAUGCAUGGUGGAGUUAUCUGAAACACUUGUAAAGUGGGGUUGAGAGAGGUUAGAGAAUCUUUGGAGGUAAUAAUGGCUAGCACCUUUUGCUUGCUUUUGGUUCUAUUCUUUCUCAUGUUAUGUACAAUCAUACUUCUGAACCAGUUGUUGUUUGUUUGAACUUCGUAGGUGGGGGAAGCAGUUGCUUCCACCAGAAAGAGGCACAUAACCUUAUUUUUUGUUAAAUUCUAAGAUAACAUUAUUCUUUUUCUCUGGCUUCUUUGACGUCCCACCACUGUCCCCCCAACCUUUCCCACACUUACUGCUUACCUUAGCUUUCCCAUAAUUAAACAUCAAUUAUUAUUAUUCCUUUUCGGUGAUUUUUUUUUUGUUAUUUCUUUUUUUUUUUUGAAAAUCUCUUUGUUCUCACCUUACCCUCUAUUAGUGUUUCAGAAACAUAGAAAGCCACAAACCUGUUUUGUCUUCUACUAAUAAUCUGCCAUACGAAGAAAAGCAAAGCUAGAAGUAGAUGUCUCCAAUUCCAAAGCGCUUUUUAGGUGAUUUCAGGAGAAAGCUCGUUCCACUUGAUCCUGAGACUUGAGAGAGGUUUUGCCUUAUUUCCACACCACUCAACUCUGACUCCUUCGCCAAGCGUUCUAAGGCGACGUUGAUCUCUAAAUAUCCCUUCUGAUGGAUCAUGGAGUUUGAGUUCAAACUGGAAAAGUUGGCGCUCUUUCUCUCUCGUUGAGUUCCCCCCGAGUGUAAAGGAUUGAAACACACUCUUGUGAUAUUCAAUCUUUAAAGCCUUAUGGUUUCUUGUGAAAUCAUCUAUUAAUCUCCUUGCAGGAUUCUAGACUGAUUCAAGAUCAGAAAUGGGCAGGUUACUAAUCAGAGUAAUUCACGACAGGAAUUUGAUUUCCUGAAUCAUUGGGCAUACUCUAGCCACAUUGAAAUGUGCACGCACGAAUUGUUAUAGAUUUUCAGGGCUUCCCCCUUGCUAUUUUGCUCCAGCUUUUCACAUGUUUGUGUGUGCCAGAGGAGGCCAGAUACAAAGCAUAUGGGUCAAGAUUCAGGAGCAGUUCCACACAGAGAGUACUGUUGGAUUCUCUCAUUGAAUCGCCAUCCAGCUCUAGUUUCAUUUUCUACCUUUGGUUAUAUAGUAGAAUAGAUUCAACAUGUUUGAAUACAUUUUUGUUGAUUGGUUCUUAAAUGAGUCAAGAAAACCAGAUAAGCUUUGGGACUUUAUGGAAGAAUUACGUGUUGCAUAUAAUUCAAUCAAAUCUUUGUCCAUGGCAUUUUAUUAGUAGAUCCACCAUGAUUCUUGAAUUUAGUAAUUAUUAAUCCUCCUCCAGCUAUGUUAAGGAAAAACUGAAACUAAAGAAGGUGCACCUAUGAAUUGCCUGUUUUUGCCCCUUGGUGUAUGUCUGGUCAUCCUUUUGCGGUUUCAAUAGAAUUCAUCUGUUCUGUCUACACUCCUAUCAGAUUAGAAGACUGUAAAAUUAUACCUGAGAUCAAAUUGUUUUUCCGCUAUGCUUAUUAAAUAUGAAUUGAAGGCAUUUCAUUGCAGGACAGAAUAACUCCUUUGCUGCAAGCACUGAAGCAGAUCUCCCUUUGAUGGUUAAUAGCUGAAAACUAGGCUGCAACUUUAAGCACAGCUAAGUCAUGAAAGCAAACUUUGAUCUCGAAGUGGAGGCCUCCGCAGACAGUGAAUUUGAAGUUAACAGCCAGGUUGCUUCUAAUAUAUCCACUCAGGAAACCAUCGCAGGUCCUUGUAGCGAUCAAACCCUGACAAACUCUUCCAAACCAGGAAAUUCAACAGAGAUACUUGAUGCAAAUUCUAAUCCCGUUUCACUUGACCUGACUCUCAACUUAAAUAAUAAUGAGUUAGCAGGGUCAAGAGAUUCUGUACGACUCUCAUUCUCAAGCACUAGCGAGAGUAGCAAUGAACCUGUCUCUCAGACUACAGAAGCGACCAUUGCCAGAGUUUUCCCAUGCAAUUACUGCCAACGCAAGUUCUUCAGCUCCCAGGCUCUUGGGGGCCACCAAAAUGCACACAAGAGAGAAAGAUCAUUGGCAAAGCAUGCUAUGAGGAUGGGUUUUUUCUCUGAGAGGUAUGCAAGUCUAGCAUCUCUCCCUCUAAAUGAUACCUCCAGAUCUUUGGGAAUAAAAGCGCAUUCUUCACAGCACUAUGGCUUUUCACCAUCAGUGAAGCUUCAAGAGAUGAAAAACAAUACUAGAUUUGAGAUAGGAUAUUUUGGCCAGCCAAUUUUCUUGGAGGAGAAUGAACCAGGACUUAUUUGGCCUGGUAGUUUCCGUCAGAUCGCAGAGAUAGGUGAUGAUCAUAAGAAUUUUCUGCUGACUGAGAGUUCUGGUUUGAGUUUUACGGAGGUGAAUCCACCAGUGGACAUAGAGAAGUCCACCCCGGAUUUGACAUUAAAACUCUGAAGGGAUUGUUUGCCUCAGAUCUGGCUCAGGUUUAUCUACUUCACUGUUGUGAUUUUUGUAUAGUAGUACAUGCAGGACCAUGAUUGUCAGAUUUACUUUAGACUUUCUGGAUUUUCCUUCAGCUCUUUUAGGAUUACUAGUUUUGGACUUCUGGUUUUUUGUUUAGUAUGUUUAUCACGUACAUGAGCUCCAGGAGAAAAAUUUGAAGCUUCUGUGUUAUGUUUGUCUUAAUAUAUCAUGCCUUUUGUUUAUUAUAAUUA